UACAAAGUUGACGGAAUUUCGACUUUGGAGAGUUCAAAGCAACCAAGGCUUAGCUGCUGCUUACUGAGAAAUGGGUCACAAGAACAGAUCGAAGAAAAAAAGUGCUGCUUUUGGAUCCAAGAAAAAAAAGUCUGCUUUAAAUGCUGAGGGUUUAGAAACUUCUUUUGCAGGCAUGGCAGUCACUGAUGGCAAGGUAUCAUUAUAUCGGUGUAAAUGCAACUACUGUAAAACAGAUAUUUCAGGGAAGGCACAUAUCAAAUGCGCUGUGUGUCAAGAUUUCAAUCUUUGCGUCAAAUGCUUUUCUGUUGGUGCUGAGGUGACACCUCAUAAAAGCAAUCAUCCAUAUCGGGUUAUGGAGGAUCUAUCUUUUCCCCUUACAUGUCCAGAUUGGAGUGCGCAUGAAGAGCGGUUACUUCUUGAGGCCCUUGACAUGUAUGGAUUUGAGAACUGGAAUGGUGUUGCUGAACAUGUUGGGACGAAAAGCAAACCUGAAUGUAUCGACCACUAUAAUGGUGUAUAUCUGAAUUCGCCAUGUGCUCCUCUUCCUGAUUUGUCUUAUUGCAAGGGAAAGAACAAAGAGGAACUCCGUGCCAUGGGAAAGCGAGAUCAACUCAAGAAAGGGGAUAAAGCUUUGGAAUGAUAUCAGAAUGCUACCACCUUCCAGAAUGCUGCCUUCAUUUAUUUAUUUUAAUUGGACCCAUAAAUAAGAAUGGCAAAUGUAGACAAUUAUGUAAUGUGCCUGAGUUGUGUGCACAUCAUUUAUCCUACUGGAACUUCAUUUCUGCUAUAUUGGUUUUAUUUUUAUUGCAUUCACUCAAUGGAUUAUUA